AUGGUCUCCUUAUUGACAGCGACGGAGGUAGAGGGUCUGCUUCGCUUGCUGUGGCCGGCGGUGUCGACAGGCGAUGACACUUCCGACGAUUCCCAGCGCUGGUACCAACAAGGAUUUGAAUUCCAGACGCUGCAGGGCUUCCCGAUCGGGCUCGUGCAGGGUCACGGUGGCCCGUGUGGUGUACUGGCAGCAGUGCAAGCUGAAAUGCUUCGACUCUUCCUGUUCGUGCGCCACCGUGAUACGUUGAUCAACAGUGGCACCAAUCUACAGCAGCUAAUGGAGCGCGAGAGUCUAGUGGGGGAUGAGGCGGCAAAACGUCAUCUCCUGGCUGAGGCCAUGGCCUCGCUAUUAAUGCAGUGCCUCGGUGACGACCGAACAGUGCAUGUGGUGGUACAGGAAGAUGCAGACAACGGGACACCAGUGAAGUACAGAGAGAGCACCGUGUUGGUGCCUCCAGUACAGACAGAUAGGCCUCCCCAUGACUUGGUGACGCUCUUGCACCACGAAAUGUCAGCGUUCUGCAGCCCACAUGGAGUCAUCAACUUCACGUUCAGCGUGCUACGCACUAAGAGCGUUGCUGCUGUGCGUGAGGAGAUGGACGACCCUUCUAACACUCUUACGGGGGCGUUUGGGCACUGUACACAAGAGCUGGUGAACUUGCUUCUCACUGGUAAGGCCGUGUCCAACGUAUUUGAUGGGAGCGUCCCAAUGGGCGACACAGGGCUGUACUUGCACGGCGUUCCAUAUCGAGCGCGAAUCGGCUACUUGACACAAUUGGAGGCGUUGCGAUACUGCCAAGUGGGUAGCUACUACAAAUCGCCCCAGUUUCCCGUGUGGGUGCUCGGCAGCUCGUCACACUUUAGCGUUGGGUUUGCUUUGGAUGCCCGUGUUUGCGAGGAAUCGGCAUCCGCACAGCUUUUUCAACGAGUGCAGCGAGUCUUCAAGACCUUUGACCCAAUGGAGACCGGCUUCAUGGAGAUGGCAUCCCUUGCGGACUCGCUGAAGCAGCUUGGGGUGUCCUCCGAGAUUCUCUCAAACGAGUAUGUUAUGGCUCGACUAUUAGCCAGGCUGGAAAUCUCAAGCGGUGCUGGCAUCGUACUCUGGGACGAGUACUGGAAAGCUAUCUCAGUGUUGCUACACACCAACGACUUUGAGUUGGCGCUGUCUGGGGAGUACGAUCCGAAUUCCGCGGCGCAGUCUCGACCUCUCCUCCAGCGCUCCGAUUCUGAUCUCGCUCGGGAGCUGCAAGCACAGUUUGACGCGGAGGAGAGAGGCGGCUCUACUGACCCUGCUCCAGGGACCUCGCAAACAAGUCGAUCUCCUCCCAGUGAGCCAACGCGGGAUCCACUGCUUUCAUUCGAUUGGUUUUACUAUAAUGGACUGGGAAGAAACAGUAAUUCUAGCAAUGGGCAGCGGUGUCCUCAACUUACAAAAUGCCGCGUGACACUCGAGAAAUCGACGGAGUUCAUUGGCCAAUCUGUUCCUAUCGAAAACGCUGGUGUGAGUGGUGGCCAUGGGUCGCCUCCUCUUGAAGAAAUUAUGAAAACAAAGUGGGCUGGUGCGCGAAUCGACUGGUUAGGCUCGCCUGCUCCAAGUAUCGACUAG